UACAAAUAAAUAAAUAUAUAUAUAUAUAUUCAGUCAAACAAGCCUAUACUUUCCACAAAACGCCCAAGGACUACCUAUAUAUGUGCACCAUAUAUCAUUUCCCAUUCUCUCUCCAAACAAAAACUCCAAUACCCUCUCUCUCUCUCUCUCUACUUUUCCUAGAUCUUUAAUUAUUUCCUUAUUACAAUAUAUUAAUUAAACCAUCAUAAUUAAUACACAUACACAUAUAUAUAUAUUGACCCUAUAUAUUUCCAAACUGUCUUCACUUAUUUAUAUUCACACAAUUUCCUUCUCUCUCAUUACAAACAUUUGUCUCACAAGUCAUCAAUUAAGUCUCAUCAUCAUCAGAAAAAUAUGUCAAGAAAAGAUAGAAGGGUGAAUUUCAGUCCAGAAGAACUGAACUCUAUGCCAAUGAGUGAUUUUCUCAAACGAAGUGUCUCAUACCGAGCAUCAUCAUCAUCAUCGCCGGGAAGAUCAAGCCGGAGAAGGGUUUCGGCCUCGGCUGGCGGGAUUUGGAGUAGUUUUAGGCUGCAGCCAAACAAGGAUUAUAAUUCCAAACAAUAUUACUCUCCAAUGAGUUCAUUCCUGCGUAACCUUAGGGCUAAGGUUGCUAAAGCAAUUCGUUUAGUGUCCAAUAAGAGAAGGUCUUCAGGUAAAGUAUCAGCAUCAUCGUCAUCAUCUUUAUCAUCAUCUAAUAAUCUAACAAGAUGUCGUUCUGUAUCUGAUCCUAUGGAUUCUCAUAGAGUUGAGGCAUUAGAAGAUUGCAUUGAGUUCUUGAAUUCCUCUGCUUCUUUGAAGAGAUCCAAUUCUGUUUCUUCAAAUUAUUAGUUGUUAUUAUUACUUUUGUGUUUAUCAUCUUAAUUAGACUUAGUGUAUAUGACAUUAAAAAAGAAAAAAAGUUUUUUUUUUUUUUUACUCAUAUUUUUCUUCUUCUUUUAGAUGAUUGAAAUUGAAAA